AUGGCGUUACUUUCAAUAAUACAUCCAACCUCAAUUAACAUGAAAUUAUCAACAAUUUUAACAACAUUUGUCACUUUAUUAAGCUACGCUGUUGCUUCUCCAGAAGCUGUUCCUGUUGCUGAUGCUAAGGCCCCAAAGAAUGCCCCACCAGGUCCAGGUCCUCAUCUACACCUUGAUUAA